UCCCUUUAGGAAUACAGAACUACUUAAGGAUCUCUCUAAGAGGGUCGGUGCUGUUUAUUAACCUGCCGGAGCCUCAUAAAACCCAUCCUCCUCUUUUUAUUCCCCCCUCCAUCACUUGACGGAGGACAGACAGUGUGAAUGCAUCCUUCCUCCCGACUGCUUCCACUCGCUGCUGCAGGCUCUGCUGCAGCGCAGCGCACCAGAGCGGAGCUGGAGAGGAGCAGAGGAGAGAAGCCAACAGCAGCGGAGAAGAGGAGGAGGAAGAGGGAGGACGCAGCAGAUACCCACCGACAGGCGGGACUACACUCUGCAGCAUCCCGUGGCUUCAAAAUGUCUCUGGGGAGUGGGAGACUCAUUGGGAUUAUUGCGCUCAUUGCCUCGCUCCUGCAUUGCUGCUGUGGGACAGAAGGAGAAGCAGAAGUUUGUGACAAGCCGCUGGUGUCCAGUCUGCCACCAUUGUCCUUCAGAAGCUCCUCUCAGCUGUCCAGCAGCCAUGGAGCAGCUUUUGCAAAAGUCAACAGAAGAGAAGGAGCAGGAGGAUGGUCUCCACAGUUCUCAGACAGACACCAGUGGUUGGAGGUGGAUCUGGGGAGGAGGACGCAAAUCACAGCUGUUGCCACGCAGGGUCGCUACGGCAGCUCUGAUUGGGUGACGGCUUACCUGUUGUUGUUCAGUGACACAGGACACAACUGGAUUCAGCACAGACAGGAAGACAGCUUAGGGGCUUUCCAAGGUAACAGUAAUGCGGACUUUGUUGUCCAGUAUAAGCUGGAGCAGCCGGUCAUUGCUCGUUAUCUUCGUUUGACACCACUGGAUUGGAACCCAACUGGAAGAAUUGGACUCAGAAUGGAAAUAUAUGGCUGUGAAUACACUUCUGAAGUGGUAAGCUUUGAUGGGAGCAGCAGCCUCAUCUAUAGACUGAAUCUCAGCCCAAGUAGGAUGUCAACGGAGGUCAUCUCUCUGAACUUUAAAACCCUGAAGAAUUCUGGGACUUUGCUCCAUGCAAAAGGAUCCAGAGAACACAGCCUGAAUCUGGUGCUGGAGAAAGGAAAGCUGCUUCUCUAUCACCAACAAGGCGUAAGCUCAUUCUCUGGUGGACAGCUCCUUGUUUCUCUGGGUAGUCUCCUUGAUGACCAGCACUGGCACCAUGUCGAGCUGGAGAAGCUCAAUGCUCACCUCAACAUCACAGUGGAUAAAAACACACAGCAGGUUCACCUACCAGCCGAGCUGAGCCACUGGUACAUUCACACGCUGAGUCUGGCAGGCGUCCUGAGCCACGGACUGCAGAAACCAAUCCUUCCCAACAGGAGCUUCCACGGCUGCCUGGAAAACCUGCUGUACAGUGAUCUCAACCUGAUAGACCUGGCCAGACAGGGCAGCCCACAGGCCACUGUGGUGGGGAACGUCACCUUCUCUUGCGCUGAACCAGUUUCAGUUUCUGUGACGUUCACUGACCCGCAAAGCUUCCUCCAGCUGCCAGGACUGGCAUCCUGGCCUUCAGAAGAGCUUUCUAUAAUGCUACAGCUCAGGACGUGGAACAAGGCUGGACUGUUGCUGAGUUUUGUUCUACCUCAUCAAGGAGGCUCGGUCUUCCUUUACCUUAGUGAUGCCAGACUUCGCCUUCAAAUUUCUAAAGCCAACAAGACACUGCUGGAGCUCAGUGCAGGCUCAGGAAUGAACGACGGUCAGUGGCACUCGGUGGAGCUGACCUCCAAACGAGACCAUCUGAGCAUCACUGUCGACAAAGACGAAGGAGCUACAGCUCAAACCAACAUCGCACUUCCUCUGACCUCCAACAGUCAGCUCUUCUUUGGAGGAUGUUCUGCUCAGGACAGCUACCCAGAAUGCACCAACCCCUUCAGAGUCUUUCAGGGGUGCAUGCGGUUUCUGACUCUGGACGGCCAUCCUGUUGACCUGAUUAAAGUGCAGCAGAGAGUGCUGGGAAACUACAGCCAUCUGGAGAUAGACACAUGUGGAAUCAUUGACAGCACCGUAUGAACGAUCUUGUGAGAUGUACAAACAUAAAGGAAACACUUCAGGACUCUACUACAUUGACGUGGACGGCAGUGGACCAAUCAAACCCCAGACUGUUUACUGUAACAUGACAGAGGACAAGACGUGGGUGGAGAUCCAGCACAAUAACACAGAGAUGACCAGAGUUCUGUUUUCCUCUGAGAAAAACCAACACUUUGCUCACUUCAACUACUCCUCUGCAGAAGAGCAGCUGGCAGCCAUCAUCAGUCAGUCAGAGCACUGUGAGCAGGAAUUAUCCUACCACUGCAGGAGGUCUCGUCUGCUCAGCUCCAUCGACGGUGCUCCUUUGAGCUGGUGGACGGGAGGUCCAGGUCCAGGUCGGGUCCAGACAUACUGGGGAGGAGCUCCGCCUGACAGCCAUCAGUGUGCAUGUGCUCUGCAGGGAAAGUGUCUGGAUCCAAGAUUCUCCUGCAACUGUGAUGCCGACCACGACCAAUGGACUGAUGACUCAGGCCUCAUCACCCAGAAAGAGCACCUCCCAGUCAGGUCACUGGUGCUGGGUGACGUUCAGCGGCCGGGGUCAGAGGGUGCCUACAGGGUGGGAAUCCUUCGUUGUCACGGAGACAAAAAUUUCUGGAAUGCUGCAUUUUUUGACAAGGAGACUUCAUAUCUUCAUUUUCCAACUUUUCACGGAGAGCUGAAUGUUGAUAUUUCCUUUCUUUUUAAAACCACAACCUCAUCUGGGGUCUUUCUGGAAAAUCUGGGCAUCAAGGACUUCAUACGAAUUGAACUUGCAUCUUCUACGGAGGUCGUCUUCUCUUUCGAUGUGGGGAAUGGACCCGUGGAGGUGCGGGUAAAGACGAGUCUCCCGCUGAACGACGACCGAUGGCACACUGUUCGGGCUGAGCGAAAUGUGAAGGAGGCAUCGCUGCGUGUCGACAAUAACCCCGUAGAGACACGGGAUGCUCCUGCUGACGGACUCAUCCAUCUGCAGCUAAACAGCCCCCUGUUUGUAGGGGGCACUGCAUCCAGACAAAGAGGCUUCCUGGGCUGCAUUCGCUCUCUGCAGUUGAACGGUGUCACCCUGGACCUGGAGGAGAGGGCAAAGAUCACCCCUGGAGUCCGGCCCGGUUGCCCCGGCCACUGCAGCAGCUAUGGCGCGCUCUGCCAGAACCGGGGUCGGUGUGUGGAACUCAACCGAGGGUUCUCCUGUGACUGCAGCCCGUCGGCCUACGCAGGAGCUUUCUGUCACAAAGAGGUUUCUGCCAACUUUAAGUCGACGACAUCCGUCACCUACAUCUUCAAGGAGCCCCGUGAGAUGCAGAAGAGAAAACCUGCCGUCCUGCCCCCGUCCCUGCAGUCGGAGACCACGCUGACGGGAGAAAACAUCUCCAUGAGCUUCAGGACCACUCAGAGUCCUGCUCUGCUGCUCUACGUCAGCUCUUUCUACAGAGAGUAUCUGAUACUCCUCAUCAAUAAACAUGAUAAUCUGGAGCUGUGGUACAAGCUGCACAGCCUCAGAGAUGCAGAGGUGUUGAACAGCAGAGUCACUAACUUGGCUGAUGGGAGUCGGCACACCGUGACCGUCAGGCGGGAGGCGACCAAGGUGUCUGUGCAGGUUGACCAAAACGCCGGAGAGGACUUCAACUUGACAUCUGACAUGGAAUUCAACAGCAUCAAAUCACUCACUCUGGGCAGGGUGCAGGAGUUUGAUGGAGGGGAUUCAGAGCUGGCCUCUCUCAGCUUCACGGGCUGUCUAUCAAGUGUUCGAUUUAACUCCAUCAGUCCCCUCAAAGCUGCUCUGCUCCAUCCUGACGGCCAUGUUGUUAUCACUGAACCAUUGGAACAAUCGAGUUGUGCCUCCUCCUCCUCCUCUCCGCCUGAUUCCCAUGCAGCAGAAACAACACAGUCUUUAUCAGACCUUCCUGGCUCAGUGGACCCAGGUCAGCGUUUGGUCAACGCCAUCAGGACGGAUUCAGCUCUGAUUGGAGGUGUGAUUGCAGUGGGUAUUUUCGCAACUGCGUCUGCUUUGGCGAUCAUGGUGAGAUUUCUCUGCAGCAGAAGAGAAACGUACCAGAACCGAGAGGUAAAGGCAGCACAGGGGGAAGACUGCCACGAGUUCCCGUUCAGCAGUCAAACAGACUCUCCAAGCAUUCCCAGCAAAAACCAGGAGUUUUUUAUUUAGUUGAAAGCUUGACUGACAGAUUUAUCCAAAUAUUUCUGAACAAAACAUAACUGCUGACUUCAAAUAUUUAUUAUUACUUUCAUUUUCUUUCUUUUUUUUUUGUAAAUAAUGUAGACUUUAAAUAAAAACCUGUCAGAUGUGUGUGACUACGAUCCAGAUUGGACAUUGAAGCAGGUUUUAUUUUUCAGGAUGUAAAUAUGAAAAAAUGUACAGUGAAUUGUCCUUUGCAAGAUUUUAAAAUCAAUUUAAUAUCUUGAAAAAAUAGAUAAAAGUCGAAAAUUAUAACUAAAUAUUUAGACAUUUGGAUUGAUUGUAAAAAAAUAAAAUUAAAAAUAAAUUUCUUGAAGUAAAAUGUGUAAAAUGUAAGAUUUCAUAGCCAUAUGAGAACAGAAUGGAAACAACUUGAGUAUCAACACAGCUUCACAGUCAUAAAUUCAUGAUUUUUUUUUUCCUCCAAAGGCAAUUGCAACACCUGCUGAAGGCUAUGUAUAAAUACUAAAUGGCAAUUUCUCUCAGACUACAUCUGCCCUUUCUUACCAGGCUUGUCAGAUAACUUGUAAUGCUACACCAUGUUCUUUUUCCUCUGUAUUUUACAUAUUGUAAUGAAAAUAAAAUGAUUUACACUGAGUCAUUCUUUUUUUUGCUCAAGGACUGAUCUGUCUCUAUGUAGUUUGAUAAAUUCAAACUCUGAAAACUUUCAAUUGUGGGAAAUAUGUUGAUAAGAGCUGUAACAAAAUCAUUCUAAAACACUUUUCCACAUGUUUUUUUCUCAUUUUCUUCAUCUUCAUGUAAUUGUUUUAUUGUAAACUCUUUAACACCGGACCUUUAGCUCCAGCACUGACAUUCU